AUGAUGCAGAAGGCCCUUUGCUGCACACUCCUGUGCCUGACGGUUGCAGGAGAAGACUUCCUGAGCCGCAAGAGCAGCAUCUCGACCAGGUGCCUGCUGCAAGGCUGGGCGGACAACAAUCACCUCGGCGACAUCUUGAAGGCCACGCAGGACUGUUUCACGCGGAAUGCGGUGCAGACCGACCAGGGUGAAGUGGUGCUCCAAGGGACGUUGGGAGUGGCCACGGGGUGCGUGCUGAGCAACCUGGACCAGGCCUGGGGAUGGCACCCGGUGCUUGUGGGCUCUGGGCCUGACACGGGCGGGCCCUACGACAUCUACGGAGUCGGAUCGCGUGUCACCAUGAUUGCGGUUGAGACGCCCUCCGGGCACUGGCAGUUCAUGCUCCGAAAGGGGCACAGCGGCUUAAAAGCGGGGUCCACCAAUGCUAGUCAUGCACCUGUGUCUGUGCACAGCCACCACCGCGGCGACGCGACGCAGCAACAGGAGGCGGAUCUCAUCCACUUCGCUGAGUCUUGUUUCAGCAAGCAGGAUGUGGACACCUCGAACCUUGGCAGCCUGCAGAUGACUUUGGGCCGGAACGUGGACUGUGUGCUUCAGAAAUGCAUGGAGACGUGGGGCUUCAAGCCGCAUGCACCCAAUUCCGGCUCUGACACGGGUGGCCCUUACGACGUGUAUGGUCUUGGUGCCACGGUCGUGGGAGUUGAGUCCCCAUCUGGCAAGUGGGAGUUUGUGCUGCAGCUGAAGUACUAG